AAUUCAAAUAUCUAUAUAUUCAAAACUUCAAACAUUUAUAUUAUAAUCACUUCAAUAUAGACUUUAUUUUUUAAAAUAUAUAAAAAGCAAAAUACAUAUAUUUAAAUUUAAUACAAUACACGUUAGAAAUGUAAUAACAAAGUAUAGUAUUAAAAUAUUGAAUGUGAAUCAUGGCGGCGUUGUUUUUUUGAAGCAUCUUCUUUUAUUCCAUCAGGCACAUUGACGGAGAAUUGUUUUAUACUUUUUGCAAUCAAUUCUAGUUCAUUUAAAUUAGCAAGCAAUUUGUAGCUAAUGUAAUAUGUUCUUGUUUCCAGAUUGCCACAUUAUGGUUUAAUGAUGAAUGUACAGGUUCUCUAUUUUCUUGGUCAUAAAGUGAUAAAGAGAGUUUUUCGGGAUCUUAAGAUGAUGGUGGUGGUGUUUCAGGAUUAUGAAAUGUUUUUUCAUAUUCUUGUGUUGUUUCAGGAUUAUGAAGAGAAUCUUGUG